AUGCACUUGAUACCGGACGAUCACGAUAAUGCACCAUGGGUUGAAAUGAUCUGGUCGGAUUUGCGGGAUGUAGGAACAAGACGAUCCGUCGUCGCCGCCGACUCGCUCGUCAAGCGGGACGUCUUUCGUCUGCCGGACCCGUUCGCCGUUAUCACCGUCGAUGGCGAACAGACCCACACGACGAGCGUGAUCAAGAAGACGUUGAACCCGUAUUGGAACGAGAACUUUGACAUUAAUGUCAAAGACUCGUCCGUCGUCGCCGUGCAAGUGUUUGAUCAGAGAAAGUUCAAGAGAAAGGAUCAGGGGUUUUUGGGAGUGAUCAAUAUCAAGGUGGCCGAUGUGAUCGAUUUGGACAGUGGUGGGCAGGAAAUGCUCACGAGGGACCUGAAAAAGUCGAGCGAGAACUUGCCUGUUCACGGCAAGCUGAUCCUGUACGUGACGACCAACACGUCGGGACCGAUCCAGAAUCCCGGACCGACCGCGAGCAGUGGGAGCACGGUCGGUGCGGGAUCUUCGGGUACGGCCGCGGACGCGUCUAGGCGUGAUUCGGCGCCUCAGGUGCCAUCGUCUGCUGCUGCCAACAGCACGCUCGCGGCUUCGGCUGCUGGACAAGAGGCUGUGGCUCAGGUGGCCAACCCUGCUCCUGGCGUUCCCGCCGUCAACCAAAACUCGACUGGCGCUCUGGGUGCGCCGACGACCAACCCGACGGCGCAGGCGGCUUCGACCGGUGUGACUGCCAACAACGGGACUGGCGGAGCGUCAGCUGGGAACAACAGCAACUUUGAUCCUCAUAUGGACCAUCUUGGGUCCCUGCCUGAAGGAUGGGAGAGGAGGAUCGACCAUCUCGGAAGGCAGUACUACGUUGAUCACAACACCAGGACGACGACGUGGAACCGUCCCAGUACGGAUCAGGUGGCCAACAAUGCCAACGCUGCCAACUCUACCGGAGACGCUCGAGCGAGGCAUAAUCUGAGGAGUCUGGCCGAUGAUAUGCUCGACACUGGUGGCGGGUCGGGAUCGAACACGCCCAACCCCAACGGGCAGAACGCGCCGGCUUCCCCCGGUGGAGCCGCUGCGGGAGGUAGCAGUGUCGUCCCUACCGGAGGCGCUACCGUCACUCAGGCCGGUGCCGGACCUCUGCCUCAGGGCUGGGAGCAGCGGUUCACGCCCGAAGGUCGACCUUACUUUGUCGACCACAACACGAGGACGACCACCUGGGUUGAUCCGCGUCGACAGCAGUUGUUGCGUGUCAUCAGCCCGAGCGGUGGUAACUUGACUGUUCAGCCCCAGACCGUCAGCCAGCUCGGACCUUUGCCGAGCGGAUGGGAGAUGAGGUUGACAAGCACGGCCAGGGUGUACUUUGUCGAUCACAACACCAAGACGACUACGUGGGAUGACCCUAGGUUGCCCAGUUCUCUCGACCAGAACACCCCGCAAUACAAGCGAGACUUCCGACGAAAGUUGAUCUACUUCCGAUCGCAACCCGCGCUUCGUCCCAACACGGGUCAAUGCCACAUCAAGGUCUCGCGAGAGACCAUCUUUGAAGGUAGUUACAGCGAGAUCAUGAGGCAGACGCCGAACGAUCUCAAGAAGCGGUUGAUGAUCAAGUUCGAGGGCGAGGACGGUUUGGAUUACGGUGGUCUGUCGAGAGAGUUCUUCUUCUUGCUCUCGCACGAGAUGUUUAACCCGUUCUACUGCUUGUUCGAGUACUCGGCGCACGACAACUACACGCUGCAGAUCAACCCCAACUCGGGAGUCAACCCGGAACACUUGAACUACUUCAAGUUUAUCGGACGUGUGCUCGGACUGGGUAUCUUCCACCGUCGUUUCUUGGACGCCUACUUUAUCGUCGCUUUCUACAAGAUGAUCCUCAAGAAGAAGAUCGCCUUGGCCGAUCUCGAGAGUGUAGACGCCGAGCUUCACCGAGGUCUUACCUGGAUGUUGGAGAACGACAUUACCGACGUCAUCGACGACACGUUCUGUACGACCGAAGAGCGUUUCGGCGAGAUCGUCACCGUCGACCUGAAGCCUGGUGGCCGAGACGUUCAGGUCACCGAGGAAAACAAGAAGGAAUACGUAGAUCUUGUCACGACGUACCGUAUCGAGAAGCGUGUCUCGGAACAGUUCGAGGCGUUCAUGUCCGGGUUCAACGAGUUGAUUCCUCAAGAACUCAUCAAUGUGUUUGACGAGCGGGAACUCGAGUUGUUGAUUGGAGGAAUGUCCGAGAUCGACGUCGACGACUGGAUGAAGCACACCGAUUACCGAGGAUACAACCCUUCGGACGAGGUCAUCGAGUGGUUCUGGAAGAUCGUGCGCGCUUGGCCCGCCGAGCGAAAGUCCCGUCUCCUGCAAUUCACUACGGGUACAUCUCGAAUCCCCGUCAACGGCUUCAAGGACUUGCAGGGUUCCGACGGUCCUAGGCGAUUCACAAUCGAAAAGGCUGGCGAAGUGACCCAGUUGCCGAAAAGUCACACGUGUUUCAACCGUAUCGACCUUCCUGCUUACAAGACGUUCGAGCAGCUCGAGCAAAAGUUGACGAUCGCCGUCGAGGAGACCCUCGGAUUCGGUCAAGAGUAA